AUGUUCUUGGUUUGCGUUUUCUGUCUUCUCCCUCUCUUCCUACUGCCUCUAGUCAAUAUCCUCCCUCGUCUGUGGGACAAACUAAUUGUGCUCUUCUUCCGUCUGAUUGGCCGAGAGUACAAUCCUCCGCUUCGAGAUGGCCCGUCCUGUCCGUACAAGCCGGGAGCGAGAAAAGCUCUACCAGAGGCUGAGCCCAUAUUGGCAAAUGGUGAAGGAAGUGCAGUAACUGGGAUUGCCGAGUCAAAGAAAGGCUCUUAA